UCAGCAUCAGCCUCAGACGUUUAGUGUGCUACAGUUGUUGAUUUAAGUAUCUGUUUAAGAGAAUAUUUUCUCUAAAAAUCCCUUUAAAUUUUCGAAAUUUUCUGUUCUGCCUUACACUUUUAUCAUGGCAAACCGAGUUUUAUCAAUUCAAAGCCAUGUAGUGGCAGGAUAUGUAGGAAACAAGAGUGCAACGUUCCCGCUGCAGGUGCUUGGAUUUGAGGUUGACGCCAUUAACUCCGUGCAAUUCUCUAAUCACACUGGUUAUGGCUUUUGGAAGGGUCAAGUGCUGAAUGAACACGAACUAGAUGAGUUGACAGAAGGUCUGGAACGCAACGAACUCCUAAAUUAUUCGCAUUUAUUGACCGGCUAUGUUGGAAAUCCUCUGUUUCUUUCACGAAUCGUUGGAAUUGUGCCUAAGCUCCGCAAAGUCAACCCCAGCCUUGUGUUCGUGUGCGACCCUGUAAUGGGUGACAAUGGUCAAAUGUAUGUGCCAAAGGAGCUCAUGCCCAUUUACAGAGACCAAAUUCUACCGCUAGCUGACAUCAUAACUCCUAAUCAAUUCGAGGCAGAGCUGCUGACCGGCACUAAAAUGAAUAACAAGGAGGAGGCUUGGGAUGCAGUGCGACUUCUUCACGCGAAGGGACCCAAGACCGUGAUUUUAUCUUCAACUGAACUUGGCUCUGAAGACUAUUUGCUCGCCCUCGCUUCAUACUCAGACGGAACAAAAAGCACCAGGAUUUCGGUCGAAAUACCUAAACUGCCAGCGAUCUUCACUGGCACAGGUGAUCUUUUUGCUGCUCUAAUACUGGCUUGGAUGACCAAGAGCAACAGCGAUCUGAAGGGUUCCGUGGAAAAAACUAUUUCUACUCUACAGGCUGUUCUUAAAAGGACGAUUGCACAUGCAGAAGAGCAAUCUGGAGGUAAACCACCAAGCAAGGCGCAUUUGGAGCUACGUUUGAUUCAGAGCAAGUCCGACAUUGAACAGCCCACAAUAUCUGUGACUGCAGAUCCCAAUUAAAGCAUUUAAGUCCCAGGGUGUUAUAUUAACUAAAAUGGUCUUCCAAUAGUGUGUAGUAUGAUGUCUGUGAUUCAUUUUAAACUUCAAGCAUAACUAUUUUGUCAGGCAAUAGAUAAUAUUAUGCAUGUUUUAAAA